AUGACUUAUACGCCUUCCUUCCUUCUGUUUUCGAUUUGGCACAAUUUGAAUUUGAGUUUGAAAGUGGGUCAAGUGAAACGUCAAUUUGCCAAUCUAUUCGGUAUUGAUCCGUCAGAGCUGAAACGCUUCCGUCUGUUAUACUUUGAUCAAAUUAUGGCUCUGGCUCAAGGU